CGGGGCUCCUCCUCCGGCGCCAUCAGCAGCUCACGCGGGACUUCAGUCCUGGCCCGGGGACUUCUCUAGCCGCCCAUGGCGCACCUCCUCCCGCUUCUUCUCCUGGCGUCUCUGGCGCAGGCCGCCCGUCCGCCGCCUCCUCUCUUUCCCGAUCCCCGCUCAGAACCGGCCCGCAGCUGCUCGGUGGUGCUGGACCCCGUUUCCGGGCAGCUGAAGACCCUGAGCGGCUGGGCCCCCGCCGCCGUCGCCUGGGCGAACCUGACCGACAGCAUCCGCGACACCGGAUGGGCUUCCCUGGAGCUCAUAACCAAUGACAAGUUUAACGACAGCAUCCAGGCCUACGCGGCAGGGCUGGCUGAAGCAGCUGUGUCUCAGCAGCUCAUCUACAUGCAUUGGAUGAACACGAUGGUGGGCUAUUGCGGACCCUUUAAGUACGAGACGGAUUAUUGCCAGAAGCUGAAGAAUUACAUCGAAAGCAACCUGGCUUGGAUGGAGCAGCAGAUGGAGGCGGCGGAAGACUCUGCCUACUGGCACCAGGUACGCCUUGCCCUACUGCAGUUGAAAGGCCUUGAGGAUGGUUAUAGCGGACGGGUGGCCUUCCCAGUUGGCAAAUUCUCCAUUGCCCCCUUUGGCUUCCUCUUGUUCCAGUUGGGGGGUGAUUUGGAAGACCUGGAAUCAGCUUUCAACAAACCUGGGAAGCAGCCCAUCCUUGGCUCUGGAUCCUGCUCGGCCUUCAUCAAGCUGUUGCCCGGCAACCAAGAUCUCCUUGUCUCCCAUGACACAUGGAACGCUUACCAGUCUAUGCUUCGCAUCCUCAAGAAAUACACCUUGCCGUUCCGGACUUCAGCCCACAGUGACGGCUUGAUCCCCGGGUUCACCCAGACUUUCUCCUCGUAUCCGGGCGCCAUCUUCUCGGGAGAUGAUUUCUACAUCUUGAGUAGUGGAUUGGUGUCUCUGGAAACCACCAUUGGGAACAGCAACAGCACCCUGUGGAGGUACAUCCAGGCCAAGGACAGCGUCUUUGAAUGGCUGCGCAACAUUGUGGCCAAUCGGCUGGCGACGAGUGGAGGAGAGUGGGCGACCAUCUUCCAGAAGUUCAACAGUGGCACGUACAAUAACCAGUGGAUGAUUGUGGAUUAUAAGUCUUUCGUCCCAGGCAAGGCCAGCCUCCAGGAGGGCGUCCUCACAGUUCUGGAGCAGAUUCCGGGCAUGGUGAUUUCGGACGACAUGACCCAACUGCUGUACCAAGAGGGCUACUGGGCAAGCUACAAUUUGCCGUACUUUCCAGAAAUCUUCAAUGCCAGUGGCAUUCCUCAGCUGGUGCAGAAAUACGGUGACUGGUUCACCCAUGAAAAGAACCCCCGGGCCCAGAUAUUCCGGCGCAACCAGACACUCAUCCGGGACAUGGACUCUAUGAUCCAGCUUAUGAGGUACAACAACUUCCCAAAGGACCCGCUCUCCCGGUGCCAAGGCUGUGAUCCGCCACAGAAUGGUGAAAACUCUAUUGCUGCCCGCUCAGAUCUCAACCCCGCUAAUGGAACAUACCCCUUUGGGGCCCUGCGCCAGAGGCCCCAUGGAGGGACUGAUAUGAAGGUGACUUCCUUUGAGAUGGCCAAGAACUACAGUUUUGUUGCCACCAGCGGGCCAACCUGGGACGACUUGCCCCCUUUCCAGUGGAGUUCUUCUCCCUUUCGCAACCUGCUACACAUGGGACACCCCGACUUCUGGAGAUUCUCGCCCAUCCGGGUCCGCUGGGGCUGAUGCCUGGGAGGGAGUCAGACUUCCCCCAUCACGCAGGGCUUCAUGCUGGGUGCGAUCCCAGCUGGUCCCACACAGCUUUGUGGGCGCAUGUUGCACACUCUCUUGAAGGAAUGAGGGAGGUGUUCUCUUUUUUUAACUCUCGAAAGGCCGAGAGCAUUUGAUAAUGAAGGGAUAUAAUCAGGGUUAUUCGUAUGCUGUGAUUCAACGAGGCUGCAGGAAAAGCACUAUCUUUGGCUGCCUGAGAAUGUUAGCUUGCUGUUAGCUUGUGUUGUUUUUAAAGUUUCUAGCCCUUAUGGCUGCAAAAAAUACCCUGAAAGCACACAGGCCAAUGUCUGCUGCAAUCUCAUUCAGGUAGAUGGGUGGCUGAAUAAGACUGCUGGCACUCCAGGGUGGAGGAAUUAUUGGGGAGGGAGGGAGGUGCUUCAUCGAAUCUGCAAGCCCCACCUCCUGAACCCGUAUCAAUUUUAGGUGAAACAUGCCUCCCCCUAGAGCAGCCUAAAAAUAGUGGUUGAGGGGGUUAUCACAAAAAGGAUGCCGAGCAUUCUCCCAUCUCCCCCCCCCCCAUAGUUAUGCCAUACAUAAUUUCUUGGAAAACCUACCGUAAGCUAUGCAAAAUAGUCAUAAGUGCAGAAUCUGACAUGCAGAAUAAGUGACAUUAUUGAUGGGCUUGAGUAAGCGGGGCUGGUUGAGAGAUGCUGUUUUUUGUGCUGCAGAAUGUUCAGUCUCUUUGAGCAUAGGAUCCACGACAGCCCACAAUUUGUGUGCACCUCUUGGUGCCCAAGAGAUAGAAUAAGACUUGGGCUUCCUUUCCUUGCUUUUUCCUCCUCUUCUUGCCAAAUUCCUUGAACUUGAAAAGCUUCGCCAAUAUCCUUGCAAGAUUCAAGGCCUCAAGGCCUCCUUCUCGCCUGCAGGAAUUUUGCGCGCCUACAGGGGCACUCUGGUUUCUUCCAGCUCCUGGUGCUGCGUCGAGGGGUGAGUGUGAGCUCUCAGAGUAUCACAGAGGGAAGAUGAGUAGCGCUGGGUCCUGGGGUUUUUCCUAGUUAGGGAGUCCUCUCUUCACGGUCCUAUACCAAAGGUUUGGGCGCAUGUGCGCUGCAUGCUUAAACUGCUUUAACUGGCAUGGCUUUCCCCAGAGAAUAUUGGCAUCUUCCAUUCAGAAACAGCCAUAAUGGGGAAAGGCAACAGUGCUGUGAUGAAGGGUGUGCUCUACCUGCAAAAGGUUCAGUCCCCAGCAUCUCCAGAUAGGGCUGCAAAAGCCCGUGCUUGAAUCCAUGAACAGCCGCUGCCAGUCAGUGUAGACAGUACUGACCACCUCUCUCUCUCUCUCUCUCUGCGUCUUCUCAAAGUUAUUUUGCUGCCAUUGCCUUGAAUCCGCUGUCCGCUGUCUUAGGACUUCAGAGCAGGGAUCCUGCCAAAAGUUGCUGGAUUGCACUUUCCCAUCAUCCCUGACCCUUGGCCACACUGGCUGGAGCAUCUUUAUGUAUUUUGUAAAAUGGUUACAGAGGAUAUUGUCCAUUGCAUCUAUACUAUACGUUUAAAUGUACAUGUGCAGAGCCUCAUCAGGAUACCUCCUUGUGGGGAGGACUGUCCAUGCAUAGAAUUCCUUCCAAUAUAAGUUGAAUGCAAGGACUGUGGGGCCACAUUCACACCAUACAUUUGUUCAACUAUUAUGCUUUAAACAGGCAUGGCUUCCCCCAAAGAAUCCUGGGGACUAUCAUUUGUUAAGUAGUGCUGAGAAUUGUUAGGAGACUCCCUCUUCCCCUACAAUUCCCAUUUUCCUGGAAAGAGGGAUUGACUGUUAAACCAGUCUGGGAAUCGUAGCUCCGUGAGGGGAACAGGGGUCUCCUAACAGCUCUCUGCACCUUCCACAAACUAUAGUUCCCAGGAUUACUUACGGGGAAUCCAUGUCUGUUUAAAGUGGUAUAACAGUGCAUUAAAUGUACGGUGUGGAUGUGGCCAUAUGUCUUUUGUACCAGGCUCUGUUCAGUGGGGCUUUUUUUUGCAGUGCGGGGGGGGGGAUGUUUUCUAGUAAAACAUAGUAGAUUCUGCAAGUCUGAAGCCUGUUUUCCCCCUUCCCUGGUUUUAUAUUCUAAUUACAAACAUGAAAAAUGCAAGAAAAAAAACCCACCAAAACAAAUUGUCCUCUGUGCUUAGGAAUUAUAAGGGACAUCUAUCCUCUCUCUUUGCCUCCUUCCGCUGCUCCUUGAGCCAAAAGAGAUGGAUCUAUCUGUUGGUAGCAUAAGCUGUGCCCCUGUGGAUCAGGGUACAUGGGUGUGUUGGUGAGACAUAUGAAGGAUUUUUCUGUCUUGCCUCGUCUGAUCAAAAGUUUGAACCUUUUUGAUUUUGUGUUUGUCUUAAUAAAUAUCAACGCCAACUUGUCUCCCCA